AUGUCAUCAUCCUUUGAGAUUCGGCAUCCCACAUUCAUCCUACCCCAAGGGGGAUCUCUGACAAGGGAGACACUGCAGAGAGACGGUGAAGGCUCUCUGUUUGAGAAUGAGUGGAGCCUGAAACCAGAGUACAAGAGAGGAGGUAACAGGCUUGAACUGGCAGACAGACUAGCAUCCCGUAUCCUGUGGAUUGGGAUUGCCAAUCUGCUGCUGUGUCCUGUCAUUCUGGUGUGGCAGAUUCUCUACGCCUUCUUUAGUUAUACAGAGGUGAUCAAGCGAGAGCCCGGUUCUCUGGGAGCGAGAUGCUGGUCUCUGUAUGGUCGAUGUUACCUGCGGCACUUCAAUGAGUUGGACCAUGAGCUCAUGUCACGCCUCAGCAAAGGCUACAAGGCUGCAUCCAAGUAUAUGAACUGUUUCCUCUCACCGCUGCUGACGGUAGUUGCCAAAAAUGUAGCGUUUUUUGCCGGGUCUCUCCUGGCUGUCCUCAUCGCCCUGACUAUCUAUGACGAGGAUGUUCUCGCAGUGGAGCACGUUCUCUCAUCCAUCACACUGCUUGGAGUGUGUAUCACAGUCUGCAGAUCAUUUAUCCCAGAUAAGCACAUGGUGUUUUGUCCUGAGCAGCUGUUGAGGGUUAUCCUGGCUCAUAUCCACUACAUGCCUGACCACUGGCAGGGCAAUGCACAUAGAUAUGAGACUCGUGACCAGUUCUCCCAGCUCUUCCAGUACAAAGCAGUUUUUAUUCUUGAGGAGCUGAUAAGUCCAGUGGUGACUCCCAUCAUCCUGAUCUUCUGUCUGAGGAGGAAGUCUCUGGAGAUCAUUGACUUCUUCAGGAACUUCACUGUGGAGGUGAUCGGGGUAGGAGACACUUGCUCCUUUGCCCAGAUGGACAUCAGGCAGCAUGGACACCCUGCGUGGUUGUCAGAGGGGAAGACAGAGGCGUCUAUCUACCAACAGGCGGAGGAUGGGAAGACGGAGUUGUCUCUGAUGCACUUUGCCAUCACCAACCCCCAGUGGCAGCCUCCUCAGGAGACCACACACUUCAUCAGCCAGCUGAAAGAGCGAGUUCACAGAGAAGCAACAGGGGCUCCUUCGGACACACAUCCACUCUCACUGUCCGAGUCUGAGCCGAGGAGCCUCAUUGCAAACUUCUUGGUGGGUCCCUCUACGUUGACCUCUGUUCAUUUCAACGGAGACGGCUCUUUGAUCAAUCAUGCAGCUGCUGGCUUAAGCGAUGGGGCAUCUGCUUUACGCUCCCUUUCCCCAGUCAGCAGCAGUCUUCACCUGAGAGGCAGCUUGAGUGCAGCUCACAGGGCUUCUGGCAACACUUCAACCAUGAGCAAAGCAAUGGCAGGCUCUGGGACGGAUGCCCGGACUGUGAGCUCAGGCAGCAGUGUAUGGGAGGGUCAACUCACCAGUUUGGUCCUGUCAGAGUAUGCGUCCACUGAGAUGAGCAUCCAUGCACUUUACAUGCAUGAGCUUCACAAGCAGCAGUCCCGUGGCGAGCUAUCCCGUCACACAUGGCACAGGCAGGACAGUGACGAAAGCAGUGACAGCGUCCCCGAUGAAGUAAGGAGCGAACCCAACCCUCACUCCAGACAUUUCCCUCGCUCACACACUUUCCCCACCACGGUUCCCAGUCCCAGUGCCAUUCCCACUUCAGCUUCAGCCAACAGCAGUACCACCCUGGGCCAGGAGAGGGCUGCAUCCUCACACAGCAGCAGCCAGCGGCGCUAUAGUGGACCUACCACAGAGUCCUUUGGUGCAGGGGGGAAAGUAGUGAAGUCAGCCCGUGGUGUGCCCAUGGGAGGGUGGGCAGAGGAGGGUCAGGCAGCGUCACGACAUCCUGAGCCACUACCAGAGGAGAACUCAGAGGAUGAUAUGCCUCCUCACAUACAGAAGAUUACAUAACCAAGCUAUGUGGAUAAGUAUCAGCGUCCCACCCUCCAUCGAUGUCCAAACACUCAUCCUCUUCUUCGAACAAACAUUUUCUCCAGGAUUGACCAUCUGAUCAGACACGGAUGAAGAUGGAUGUGUGCCAGAGUGGUGUCCCUUGUUGACUCCUACAAACACUUCAUUAGUAAAAUCAUCUGGACUGAUACCAACAUCAACCAUUAAAAGAUACUAUAUGACUUACUACAUGCCCAACAGGCAAACAGGGUAAACAUAGGAUCAAGUAAUUUCUAGAUUACGCUACGCUCUUUUAUAACGUCAAAAGAUUACAUAAUAAAAGUGCACGUGUUGCUGGGAUGUAAACAAAGAUUGUGAACACUUCAUCCUUUGCAAUAUGCCGCUAAUAUCGCUGUAGAAAAAUAAGUAACAAUUUGCUCACAAUGUGAUCACAAUAAUCCUGAUUGUGCUAUCUGUAUUGUUUCCCUCUUUUGCAAAACUGUGUUCAGAAAGAUGCUGGGUUAUUUUACCAGUAACAGGAGGUUAUGUAUCCUACCAUGUGCUCUGUGUUUCAGCUUGCAUUCUGCCUCUUCACCAAACACAUGAAGGCCUAAAAAAGUAUCAAAAUCAUCAGACAUGUUACUCCUUAGGGAUUUUUUUUAAUUACUUUUUGCAUGUAUUGCAUAACAGUUCAUGUAUAUUUUCAAAAAUGUUCGGAAACUUUAUCCUUUUUAAAAGAUAAUUCUACAGCGUAGCCCGGUAUUCUGCAGCACGCACACAUGCACUUUGUAAAUACAUUGUUUCAGAUUAUUUCACAGCAAUCAUUCAGAAUAUUCAAUUAAUCAAAUUAUAAGGCCAAUAUUUUUGUGAUGUGUAACUAGACGUGUUGCAUGCAAGCAAAUUUUAAUCUGAUUUAACCCAGUUUUUUUUUUGUUUUUACUAUUUUUUCAACAGACUUGCGAAAGGGAACACCAAACAAAUAAGGAUGUUUUAAGCAAAUAAUAUUGACGUAUGUGCCAUACAAAAAACCCUCAAGCACAAGUGCAUGACCAUCAGCUACACAUUCUUUUGAAGAGUUGUACACAAAAACAAAAAUAUAACCAUGCUCCAUAUCCUACUUAAUCACAGCAUGACUUUCCCUUGUCCUUCUGUCAUCAAGCCGCAAUUCUUUAUACAAAGAAUUAUGCACUUUAAUAAUCUGUUAAUUCAGAGGGUGUCACUUAAUUUGGAUUGUUUAUAUGUGUAUGUUUUCGUAUAUAUAUUUUUAAAUAAUUUUAUUUAUAAAAAGGGAUGUGCCAUGAUGAUUGACUGUUGUGAAUAAAGGUUUGGUUUACUGUU